AUGCUGUCGGAGACCCGGAAUGAUGAGAACAAUCGCGCUUUUGUGCCUUUAAAAAAUAACUUGGAUAUGAAACAAGGGCUCAAAAAACGUGGGCUGCAGGUUUCGGAUCCAAAUGUUGACAGUUUGUCAACCAAAGAAUACUUACCCUCUAAAACAGUUAUUGUUAAGUCUAAUCCGCGUGAUUUUGAUGUCGAAGUCUGCAUUCCUCCUAUGGGCGAAGGUAGUUUCGGCUUCCAUAACGCCACCUGCACCAUAGAUUUCAGCAGUGCUUUUAUCCUAUGUGAUGCCGUUGAUGACCUAUUUGACCGUGUUAGCGAGCUUUCCGUGCAACACAUGAGUAGCAACUGCCGACCUUCAAAUGACUUCCAAAACAGUACGUCAUUAUAUCUUCUGAUUAUUCGUCCCCAGUUUUUGUUGAUUCCUAUUUGGAAUUUGUGAUUGCCAUCCUUACGUCCUUUAUAGUGGAAUUAGUAUGCCUCUCAGUAAGUGUAAUUUCUGCGCCUCCACCUUCCCUGUGGUAGCAGUUUGUUUUAUGUGUAGUCCGUUCGAAGGGCAUCAAUCUUCUUCUGUUCCCAUCAUUCUGUGAUAAUUGUUUGCUAUUCAGACAUGUCCUCUUAAACUUACACAAAGGUUUUCGUUGAAUAACGAGCAACGACGGGAGGUACUUGUAACCAUUGACUGAGGCUGUCACGUCACUUUAACUCAGAGGAGCUCAAUACUGACGUUAUCCAACUUACUGUACUUGAUACGGCUGCGAUCAUGCCUGAUCUAGCCAACGGAUACAAUAAAACUAGAAAACGGCCCAAUUGUUUUCAAGUUGUCUCAGCUUCUUUGGUUACCGUUUCUCCGAUAAGCGGAAACACUUAUUGAUUUAGUCAUCGAUAUGCCCAAGGAAAUGAAAUAUAACGAAAUGUACCGUGGAGAUUGUUGGGUUCCGGUUUUGGUCUGUCGAAGGUUUUCUUCACGUUCUUGAUGAUAUAGUUGGGGCCUAUCUCCCAACAGUGGUUCCUUCACGUUUUCUGUUUGAUUUCGUUUUAUGAAAUGCGUCAAGCCAUCUCGAUCUUGUUUUCUCUUAGGUUUCGAAUAUGAAGACUCGGGUGGUCUAAUUAUCCCUGACGAAAUGUUGUGCAGUGAAGUACCAGGCAUCAUCUAG